UUAGCUCAGCUGGCUUAUUGUACCUCCCAGUCCGUCUGAAUUUUGCCGCAAAGCAAGCUGAAUCGAUACCAUUUCUAAACGUGUAUCCAAGGGGCGGUAGAAGAAACAACGAUGUAGCCGUUUGUUGUUCGUUUUCUUUCUUAACUGUACGUUGAUUUAGUGUAUGCGUGUUUUCUGUUAUGUUUAGCAUUAAUUUCUGUUUCCAUCGCCGCACCCACCAUAUUCAUUUUUAUUGUGGGCUAGCUAGCUAACGUUUGCUGGGAGCUAAUGUUGGCUUGGAGCCGGACAGCAGGUGCAGCGUUAUUUAAACAACAGAGAACAACUAGCGACUAGAAAGCAUCGGUGUCGUCUUAAAUAUAUUACGAACUCAACUAAAAUAAUAUUUUCGGUAUUUUGCUAAUGCUGACUAGCUUCAUAUUUAUACCAAUCUUCACCAUCCCGUAGCCUAGUAAAUAGUGCGUCUGUUAACGUACGGUAGUCACCAUGACAGGUGAGAAAAUACGCACCAUGCGAAAGGAUCACAACAAACCAAACAAAAAUGACGAGAUAAUGGACUCGUACGAUGAGACCUCCAACGGGACUAUUCCUAACGGUACCAGUAACCUUUUCAAGUCCAACAAGGCUUUUCAGAAAUCAGUCAAAACCUCGGUGCUGCAGCAGCAACAGCAGCUUAAUGCAAACAACAUAAAUGGUAAUUCAUCAAUCGGCACCAUUGUCAAUGACAACAACAAGAACCCAAUAAUUCUGACAAGUGAGGACUUGGAGUUUCCUGUUCAUGAAUGCGUGUUCAAGGGAGAUGUGCGUCGGCUCUCCUCUCUCAUCAGGACCCAUAGCAUCUCUCAGAAAGAUGUGCAUGGAAACACACCUCUUCACCUGGCUGUGAUGCUGGGCCACAAAGAGUGUGCUCUCCUUCUACUGGCCCAUAAUGCACCUGUAAAGAUAAAAAAUGCACAGGGAUGGAGUCCUCUAGCAGAAGCCAUCAGCUACGGUGACAGGCAAAUGAUCACAGCAAUACUGCGGAAGUUAAAGCAGCAGUCAAGAGAGAGUGUGGAAGAUAAGAGGCCAAAAUUACUGAAAGCUCUCAGAGAGCUUGGUGACUUCUAUCUGGAGCUGCAUUGGGAUUUUCAGAGCUGGGUGCCUUUGCUGUCCCGGAUGCUGCCAUCGGAUGCCUGUAAAAUCUACAAACAGGGCAUCAAUAUCAGACUCGACACCACUCUCAUUGACUUCACUGAUAUGAAAUGUCAACGCGGAGAUCUUAGCUUCAUUUUCAACGGCGAUGCUGCGCCUUCCCAGUCCUUUGUUGUUCUGGACAACGAAGCGAAAGUGUACCAAAGAAUACACCACGAGGAGUCAGAGAUGGAGACUGAAGAAGAGGUGGAUAUUCUGAUGAGCAGCGACGUCUACUCUGCCACUCUGUCCACAAAGUCCAUCACUUUCUCUCGUAGUCAGAUUGGCUGGCUCUUCAGAGAGGAUAAAACAGAGAGGGUUGGGAACUUCCUGGCUGAUUUCUAUGCAGUGAACGGUCUCGUGCUCGAGUCGAGGAAAAGGCGAGAGCACCUGAGUGAAGAAGACAUCUUGAGGAACAAAGCCAUCAUGGAGAGUUUGAGUAAAGGAGGCAGCAUCAGUGAGCAGAACUUUGAGCCUGUGAGAAGACAGUCCCUCACAGCUCCAGCCCCCAACACAAUUUCUUGGGAAGAGUACAUAACUGCAGAGCACGGAAAGCCUCCUCAUCUCGGCAGAGAGCUUGUGUGUAAGGAAAGCAAGAAGAACUUCAAAGCUACUGUAGCUAUGAGCCAGGAUUUCCCUCUAGGCAUCGAGUCGUUACUAAACGUGUUGGAAGUCAUCGCCCCGUUCAAGCACUUCAACAAACUCAGAGAGUUUGUACAGAUGAAACUUCCACCUGGGUUUCCAGUCAAACUCGACAUCCCCGUCUUCCCCACCAUCACAGCUACUGUCACCUUUCAGGAAUUCCGCUACGACGAAUUUGAAGAUUCUAUUUUCUUCAUCCCUGCUGAAUACAAAGAAGAUCCCAGUCGCUUCCCGGACCUCUGACCUGUAAACACAUCUGACACAAACGGGAAAUGACAAGCGAGUUGGGUAGAGCAGGAGCAGAAAAGAGGAAUCCUGUGUUGUUUUAUUCUGUGUGUAUAUUAGCCGUUAAAAAAGGAAAAAAAGAGGGGUGGGGUAGAGGGGCGCUGGUCUUAUUGAUCGGCCACCGUUCAUUUCGCUGAUGGAUCCAAAGCAAAUCAAUGCAAACAGAUGCUACAGAGCACCAUCUCGCAUAUAGAUGCGUAUCGGCAGUCGUUCUUGUGAAAUGAGUGAUAGCUUUCAUUGUACUCGCUGUACACCAUCUGAGCAGUUAAACCCGCCGCUCUGUGCCGCUGUUCUCUACUGUGAAAGCUGUCAAACGACAAAGCCCGGACUCUUCAUCGCCACUAUUUUGAUAUCUACUGUCUCGUCAUCUCAAAGGACUGAUAACUGAAUUCUUAUUCUUGAAACUGCACUGGCACAGUCAUCUGUAAAUAAUUCACGUCUCAUCUGUAUUUCACAACGAAAAGAAUCACCAAUAUAGCUAUAUCCUCAAACUGAGCUUAAUAUUCAUUUCUAUAUUAUGUACUAUAUAUAUAUAUAAAUAUAUAUAUAAACUCAAAGGAGUAACACUGUGUAGCAAUACAUUUCCAGUACUUAAGAAUGUUUUUAACCAGCUGGGACAAGAUUUAGCAUAAAAACACAUUCUUAACAGUUCAAUAUCCAAGCCUUUUCCCCUGUGCAGGACGCAGUCUCCUGUAUUUUCAGGUUAGCUCAUGUUACCUCUCGGCUGUCUCCAUGUUUGUCGUGAUAGUAUGAACUCUGUACUCAGUGUGAGUGAAUAAUUGUACUAUUAUCGAGGAUUGUUCUAUGUACGUUUGUUGUGGGAGAACCCAGAUGGGAUAUCAGGUAAACUGUUCUUAGUUUAAUACUGCACUGAUACUAUGUAUAUUUAAGGCAUGCUAUGGCUGUGUUGGCCUCCUGGAUCACAUGCAUCUUUAAGCUAUAUUCUCUGAGCGUUUCUUAUAUUACCCGCAGACUCACUGGUAUUUAGAUCGAGGAAAAACUGAAAAUUAUAACACUAACACUUUGAAACACCUUUUAGUGCUUUUUUGAAUUUCUCUCCAUGAUGGUAGUCUGCCUAUAAUUUUCAUUUUUUAAAUAUAAAUAUACAUAAAUAAAUCCAAGGAGAGGAAACAAAGCUGUGAAGUUGAUAUUGCUGGAUAUCUUGACUGUCCAGAUAGGGAAAAAAAUAUGAUCACUGAGUUGUAUCUGGCUUCAGCUAAUAUGUACUGCAACCAUACCUACUUCACAUCCCUUUAAAUAAAGCACCAGCAUCAUGUUUCACCUGACUUUGUGCAAGUAUAAUAAAAAGACUCUCUUCUA